AUGGGGUUUGAAGUUAUUAUAAGAUCCUCAAGGAAAGGAGAUGAUGGAGAGGUGACAAAUGCAACACUAGCUUGUUCUUGUACUAGGAAGUCGAGUAGUAACACCCGAAAUGCUUUUAAAUUGUACCCAGUGACAAAGACAGAUUGUAAGGCUCGGGUUGGUGCAGCCGUACGUGGUAACGGAAAAUGGAAAAUAUGUUCAGUGGGGUUGAAUGAUAACCAUGAGCUCAGUAGCCCAACGAAAACUAGAUAUUUCAGGAGCAAUCGUGGUAUACAACCAUAUGUGAAAAGGAGACUUGAAGUAAAUGAUAGGGCCGGGAUUAGGCCGAACAAAAAUUUCAAUUCCAUGUUAGUUGAAGCAGGCGGUCCUGAGAAUUUGACUUUCCUGCAAAAAGAUUGUAGGAACUAUAUUGAAAAAGUUAGGAGGAUGCGACUUGGUGUCGGGGAUGCUUAUGCAAUCCAAAAAUAUUUUUUAAAGAUGCAAAAAGAUAAUGCAAAUUUCUUUUACAUGAUGGAUUUAGAUGAUGAGGGUCGAUUACAUAAUGUUAUAUGGGUGGAUGCAAGAAGUAGGACUGCAUUUAAGGAAUUUGGCGACGUUGUCACAUUUGACACUACAUUCUUGACCAACAAGUAUGAUAUGUCAUUUGCGGCGUUUGUUGGUGUUGACCAUCAUGGGCAUUCAACACUCUUAGGUUGUGGGUUAAUCUCCCAUGAGGACACGGAGACUUUUGUUUGGCUUUUUGAAUCUUGGCUUGCAUGUAUGUGGAAUUGUGCUCCAAAUGCAAUAAUAACUUAUCAAGACAAAGCGAUGCAAAAUGCAAUCGAGAUUGUGUUUUCGGGUACACGGCAUAGAUGGUGUUUGUGGCAUAUAAUGAAGAAAUUGCCGAAAAAGUUAAGGGGUUACAACGAAUACGAACAUAUUAAGUUUGCUUUGCAAAAUGUUGUAUAUGAUUCUUUGACACGUGAGGAGUUCGAACAACGUUGGACUGGAUUCAUUGAUAAAUACAACCUUCACAACAAUGAGUGGUUACUUGGACUGUAUAAUGAAAGACAACGUUGGGUGCCAUCGUUUGUAAAAGACACCUUUUGGGCGGAACAAUAUGAGAAUGCACUGUGUGAUAAAGUAGAAAAAGAAAAGGAGGCUGAUUUUAGAUCAUGGAAAUCAUCGAUUCCUUGCAUAACUGGUUAUCCAAUGGAGAAACAAUUUCAAGAGGCAUACACGACUGCAAAAUUCAAAGAGUUUCAACAAGAGCUUACUGCUAAGUUGCAUUGUGAGAUAUCUUCUUUCCGGGCCACUGAAUCUGAAAUAGAAUAUAUUGUAAAGGAAGUUGUCGUGGUAGGGGAGACAUGUCGUAGUGUGCCUUUUGUGGUUUGCUGUGAUGACUGUGGUUGUGAUGUUCGUUGCAAUUGUCGAUUGUUUGAAUUUAGAGGGAUUAUUUGUCGACAUGCAAUAACGGUAUUGCUUCAUAAAGACAUUUAUCAUAUAUCUGAAAAGUUCAUUUUAAGAAGGUAG